GUUGAAUGAUUGAAUGGUGUAACCGCGCCUGUGUGCUGUGAUUGGCUGGAGGGUCCUCAGCGUGACAUUUCAUUUGUCAAUUCCCCUACCCGGUGUCCGGGUAAGAUGGCGGCCGAAGAACAGUGCUCGGCACCACCUCGAUGGCGGCCAAUAUCCCUAACUCAUGUCGAAUAUCCUGCUGACGAUCUGACUGGGCAGGUGCUAGCCUAUAUCAGCCUCCUUCCCAUUGCCAUCCUGGUUGGCUUUGUGACGCUCAUAGUUUUUAAGCGAGAACUACACACAAUCUCCUUCUUUGGGGGAUUGAUCCUAAAUGAGGGGCUUAACUGGGUACUGAAACACAUCUUGCAGGAGCCACGUCCUUGUGGAGGUGCCCAUGCCAGUCUAACCACAGAAUAUGGCAUGCCAUCCAGUCAUGCCCAGUUCAUCUGGUUUUUUGUUGUUUACUUUUUUCUCUUCCUUUAUUUAAGAAUGCACCAGACCAACAAUGCAAGAUGUGUGGAACUGCUAUGGAGACACAUCCUGUCAAUCAUGUUACUGAGCAUGGCCUUGGCUGUGUCAUACAGCAGGGUAUACCUACUGUACCAUUCCGGAAGGCAGGUGCUUUACGGAGGCGUGACGGGAAGCGUGGUGGCGGUUGUCUGGUUCUUUAUCACCCAGGAGCUGCUGACCCCUCUCUUCCCUAGGAUCGCUGCUUGGCCCCUCUCUGAGUUUUUCUUGGUGAGGGACACCAGUCUUAUUCCAAAUAUUUUAUGGUUUGAGUACACAGUCACACGCUCUGAGGCUAGAAACAGACAACGGAAACUUGGGACUAAAGUUCAGUGAAUUUCUGCAUUCCUCUCGAUGAAACAAGGACCACACACACACACAAACACACACACAUUCUCUUGCAAAGAGGCAAAAAAAAAAACCCACACACACAAAAAACAAAACCACACUGGAGUAUAUUAUUCAGGACGGUUGUCGUAGCGACACACACAGAGAGAGGGGAGCCAGGUGGGCGGUUUCAGGUGGACCAAAGACAUUGCUGAGACCUCAUAGUCUGUUCCACGUAACCACAGCGAUCAGCCAUCAGAUGGUGUCUCACCCCCCUACUUCUCCUCCUCCUCCUCCUCCUCAUCUUCCUCCUGAUGCAUGCUAACAGUGCAAGAGGCAAGAAAACCUAUUUAAUGACAAAGUGAUUUAAUAUAUACAUUUUAACCAUUAUUGCAGAUGUCGGAGCCACACUAGUUAAAGGGGUUGUUGUGUGUACUGUAAAGGUUGUGAGGGAGGGUAGGGGGAUUAGGAGCAGACCUGUGUUUCUCGAAAAACAUUGUUGCUAACCAAGUUUGCAAUUACUUGGUUGCAAUGCAAUUUCCCAUUCUAAACCUAGUAAGUUGUUUACGACUUAGCAACGAUGCUUUCGAGAAACAGGGUCCAGUGUGAUAUUGAGAGCAUGAUGUUAAUUUUAAUUGCAAGAAAGAGAUGUAGUGGUUGGGGAGGGGGGGGGUAAUAUUUUCUUCUUUUGGAAAGGGCUUCUGGUUGUGGUUUAAGGUUUUUGACGACUAAUUGCUUUUCCAUUCUCUUUGUACAAAAAAAAAACAGUUUAGUGACAGAAUAAUGCAACAUGACGUGAUCAGACAAGUAGGAUAGUGAACGUUAGUUUUAAGUUAAUGAUUUGCAGAGAUUUCUCUGGCGUUUUAUUACCUGUACCUGGCAGACCUUACCUGGUGGUUUGGGCAUGAUGGCAAUACACAACUUAGUGUGGUUGAGACAGGGGUGUGUUGCCAGAAGUACACCAGCUGGGCAUCUAUUAAAGACUGGACAAAGAGCAGUCAGUUUACUUAGUUUAGCAGUCCUCGAGGAUCAAGGCCUGAAGACCAAGGACAAUGGACACACUUACACACUGCCUGCCUGCCUGUCUGUCUUCUUUCUUGCAUGAGGCGGAUGGAUAGAUGUGGGAAUUUACUUUUAUCACCUUUUUUAAUUAUUAUUGUUUUGCUAUUCUCCCUCCCCUGACAGGCUGACAGAUUAGGUAAUUUUCUGACAUUCCAUACUGUUUGUAACAUAUCAGGAACACACACCAGGAAGAGAUUGUCAUGAUGUGCAAGUUGUUUUGUUUUUUGUUAAAUUACAGAAGUUUUUUUUUAUGUUUAAGCAUUUUUAAGAAUAGCGCUUAAGGGUAAAGCCACAGGUUUUUAGCAUUUGCCAGUGUUACUGGUAAUAUCAGAAAAUGGUUCAGAUGAAUAAGACGACAAAGACAAAGGAAAUUUAAACUGAAAAAAGCUACCCAAACCUCAGGUGUAAUAACAGCAUGUGUCUGCUGUGAAAGCCUACACAGCCCAGAGAUUUAACUCUGGGAGCUGGGCUAUUUAAAGGGAGUUUGGGAGUGUGUAGUUCUUAAGACUAUUCAUUUCUCUGUGUCAUUCAUAUCAAGCUAAAUAAAAACAAAAAAACAUGAAA